GGCUGUGCAGGGAGGAGGGCGUGCAUUGGGGCACGCUCAUGCAUGCUCGUGCAAGGGGGUGCACAGUUGUGCACGCUUGUGCAAGGCUUUGUGCACACCCUGGUACCAGCGCUGCUCCCCACAGGGCCGGGUGCUGGAGGCUGGGGGGGAGCCGGCCCCUGGCACUGGGGUGCGGGUGACAGUGGGGGUGACAGGGGCCACACCCCCACCCCCCAUCGAGUUUCGGGCUGACACCACCGGUGCCAUCGUCAUCCCCAUCAACAUCCCCAGCGGAGCCACGGCCCUCGACCUCAGCGUUGAAGCAGGGCAGGCAGAUGGCCCCCCAGCCCGGGCGCAGAUGACGGUGGCCCCAGUGGAAGCGGUUUCGGGGCGCUUCCUGCUGCUGGGGGGGCCAGGGGGACCCCUGCAACCUGGGGAGGUGCUGAGGCUGCAGCUGCGUGACCUGGGCCCCCCUCCAGCCCCCCGCCUCUACCACGUGCUGGCAGUGGCACGGGGGCGGCUGGUGGCGGCCCAGGCGGUGCAGCGGGGGACGGUGACGGAGGUGACACUGCCGGUGACACCCGCCAUGACCCCGCGGCUCCGCGUCGUCGCCUUCUUCCAGGCCGAGGGGCAGCUGGUGGCGGCCAGCUGGGGGGCACCCGUGGGGGAUUCCUGCGGCGGCCAGGUGCGGGUGGUGGUGCCCCCCCCAGGGGCCGAGCUGCGUCCCCAGGCCUCCCUGACGGUGACGGUGACCACGGGGACCCCGGCUACCGUGGCCCUGGGGGCCAUCGACACGGCCGUGCUGGCGCUGGAGCCGCGGCACCGCCUCGGCCCCGCCAAGGUGACACCCCGAACCCCGAACCUUGCACCCCCAAAACCUGGGGACACCCCCCCCCCCCCGCAAACCCAGCACCCCAAAGCCCCAAGUCCUGGUGACCCCCAAACCCCACAUGCCCUCGUCCCUAAACCUGACGCCCCCCAAACCUCGCAGCCCCCCAGCCCUGGGGACCCCAAAACUUGCUGCCCUGAAACCUGAAUCCCAGCUCCCC